CGAGACUGCGAGCUCCUACACAUUAUAAUCAAUAGUUGUACGGCAAUACAUUGCAAUGACCACCGAGGGUAGGACUGAGCGCCGCAAAUUCCGAAGGACUGCCAAUGCGUGCAUCCCAUGUCGGCAGAGCAAAAUCAAAUGCUCUGGAAUUCAGCCAUGUGGAAAUUGCCAACGACGCAUGGUGAACUGUCGAUUUGUGGAUAUUGGUCAUAGGAUAAUCAUCCACCAACCCAGCCAUACCACUCCCUUUGAGAUAAACAGUCCUGCGUUAGGAGCCAAGCGACCCGCAAGUCUUGCUUUUGUUCCAGAUGGUCAUGAAAAUUGCCCUGAUGAGCUGCUCACACCUCCUUCUCUUGUUGCUCAGCAUUUCGAUUCAGCACCAUACACAGGAGCGCAACGACCUGCCGAGUCGUCCAAUCCAACGGUCGACGGCGCGCGCAGCAUCUGGACGAGUCCGUUCACACUCCCCUCAAGAACCAUCAAGAAUACCCAGAGAAACAAACGAAACUGGGUCUGGCUGGCACCCUCAUCAACCUGGUCCUUUACUGCCAGACUCACCCUCCUUCUAGCGGAGAAACUCGAAUUAGACUCUCCCUACAGUGCCCCAAAUUUCUCAGGUGAAGAUAUCUAUGUUCUCCGGUGGAAGUCAUGCCCGCCCGACGAUCCCCCCGACAUCAGCGGGCUGCCAUCAAUCGAUCACGCUCUCUAUCUGUUCAACACCGUAAAAUUCCACCUCGGUCAGAGCUAUCGCUUUCUAGACGAGGCCACAUUCGUCGAGCAUCUCCAGGACUUCUAUCACGGGAACGCAGUCGAAAAAGCGGCCGAGUCGCGUCUGUGGUUUGUACAAUUCCUCCUCGUCUUGUCCUUUGGAAACGCCUUCCUCUCCUCUCGCUGCAAAUGCACCACCGAGCCGCCGGGGUCAAAGUUCUUCAUCCGCGCGAUGGCCUUGAUGCCAGACCACGCCUCCGUCUGGAAGGACAGUCUCAUGGCCAUUGAAGUGCUGGCUCUAGCGGGUCUGUAUCUCUACUCGAUUGAUCACAGGGAGUCGGCCCAUGUCUACCUCGGGCAAGCCAUCCGCAUCGCGCAGCUCGAAGGCCUACACACACAACUUCCCGAGGAGGAGAUCGGACUCCAGACGGUCGAGCGGUGCCGCAACCUGUGGUGGACCCUGUACAUCAUGGACCGACACUUCUCCUGCUCGCUGGGGAUCCCCAUGUUGACGCGCGAUAGCGAUAUCACCACCGUGCUGGAUUCGCCCAGCGCGUGCUCGCAACGUGAUGCAACCCUGUGCUUGCAGGUGCGGUUAUCGCAUCUGCUGUCUUUUAUUCUUACCACGAUUUACAAAACCCAGAAAACGCAACUCGGGACAUUCUUGGAUAAGACCAAGUCAAUCCUGCAGACGCUCGCGGGUCACGCGCGGGAGAUUGAGAAGAUUAUCUACCGGAAAUUUCAGAACUCGAUUGAUACGAUGCCUCGGGGGACGCGGCAUAUUACGCUUCUCUAUCAUCAGGUUCGUGCCUCUCCUCCUCCUCCUCCUCCUCCUCCUAAAAAACGCAGAGGAGUCUGGAGUAUCCAGCGCAAUAGCAAUUGCCCGACUAAUCCCAGUCAAAAGUGCGUAAUGGUCGCCACCCGGCCCCUCCUUCUCUCCGUCCUCAAAGAAAGGCUCGACACCUUGGCCGAAGGCGACGAGGACUGGCAGACAAUCCUCGCGCCGACCAAGACCCUGAUUGCGACGGGAAUCAAAUCCGCAGCCAAGACGCUGCAGAUCCUGUCGGAUGAGGACAGCCCGCUCGAAGUCUUCCUCCCCUACGACCUCGAAUUCACCUACAGCGCCGCCAUCCAUCUCGCCAUGGCGCAAGCCCUCUUCCCCCUCGACCCCAACGAGCACGGCACAAGGGGCAUCCAGAACGCCCACUCUAUUCUAUCGGAGAUGGCGAGCAAGGGCAACCGACUCGCCGAGAACCGUUCCAGGGAGUUAGUCUACCUGGAGGGGUUGUUCACGGAGCUGGCGAAGCGCAUCGAGCGGCGCGGGUUGCUGACGCUCUCGUUGUGGAAUACUCCGCAGCAGCAGCAACAACAACACCAACAGGACUGUGUAAGCGGGAACACAGCCGAAGAGGCCCGGGGCAGGGAGACGUUGUCUACGCUGGAAGCGGGGGGGAAGGAGUCGAGCGAGCCCAUCGUAAUACCAGGGCAUGAAGCGGGCGCGCCGGCUGGCGAGGACCCGUUCUGGUCGUCCCCUUCAGCCCCGACGCCGACUACGAGUAAUCUAGAAUUGUUGGAUAAUAUUGGGAUCUCGUCGUACGAGUUCCUGUCGAUUGUGGAGCAGAUUGGGAGGCAGGAGUAUCAUAGUAUUCUGGAUACGGGGGCGGGGAUGGGGUGACUUUUGGGUGGAAUGGUGUUGGGACUGUGGCGACUAUCUAACUGACUUCAUUGUUUGUGAUACGUGUGGGUCCUUGGAGAUAACCUCUUGUAGAUGUGAAUUGGGCUAUCUAACCACGUUUGUUGUGCUUUCCGAUAGCGAUAUGAGUGGGGUUGGGAUGAGCAGUCCAGGCAGGCUUAUGGCUUAUCCGAGAGCUUUCGGC